AUGGCAAGUGAAAGCGAUAAUCCAACUUCUACUCCUAGUGAUGAUGCUAUACAGCCUGCUCCUAUUGGCAUGCCGUCAUCCUCACCAACACUAACUACACAACAAACUAUAAUCACCACUAAUGAGAGUGAUGUUGUCAAUUCUAAGAAACGGAAAGCACUUCCACCGAGGUCUAAAGUUUGGAAACACUUCACCAGAUUCGUCAAUAAUCAAGCUUUUCAAUCGGAUGAUGGGUCAGCAGGAACAUGGAAAUUUAGUCAAGAAGCCAUUAAAAAGACUCUAGCUAAGAUGAUUGUUAAAGAUGAAUUGCCUUUUAGAUUUGCAGAAGGGAAAGGAUUUAAGGAAUUCAUUGUUUAUUGCAUUUUGAGAANUCUUGAGAAAGUUGGUGACAAUAGCCAAUCCCAAGUGAGCCAAAUUUCAGAAUUUAAUGAUGAUGUUGACUCCAGUGCUAGUGUUGCUCUUUUGAAUGAAUUUAAGAGAUACAAGAUUGCAAUUGGUAGGGAAGAGGAUAAGUCAGAAUUGGAGAAGUAUUUGAGUUUAAAUGAGCCUGAUGCAACCGAUAGUGAUGACUUUGAUGUUCUCAUUUGGUGGAAACUCAAUAGUCAUAGGUAUCCUACUCUUGCCCUACUAGCUCGUGAUGUAUUAGCGAUUCCUCCAUCCACAGUUGCUUCGGAAUCAACUUUUAGCACCAGUGGUCGUGUGCUUGAUGCAUAUAGGAGUUCUUUAAUGCCUAAGAUCGUGCAAGCUCUUAUUUGUGCUCAAGAUUGGCUACGUGGACCUUUCUAUUAUCUUCAUGACACUAAGAAUGAUUUGGCAGGGCUUGAGAAAGUUGAUGAAGAGUUGUCAAAGAUUGCAGUGAACAAUGUACUUGAUAAUCUUUAAGGUUACUGCUAAAAAUCCAACCCAAGCAGCUGCCAUUGCACUUCCCUUUGUUGCACCACUCUUGUCUCCUACAUCUUUCCUUCCAUUUGAAACCCCCUCUGUUGUUGUUUUGUAUGUUUAAUUAUCAUGACAGUAAUGGUAGUUGUUAGUUGUUGGAUGUUCUUGUUGGAUCUUUUGCUUUUCUAUUAUGUUGAAAUUUAUAAGGAUCGAAAUGAUGCAGGUCCUUUUUUCAUUUUGCAUAUCUGAAUUGUUGUAAAAGUGUAGCAUCUUUCCCUGAUUUUUUGUUAUAGUUGUGCUGCUGUGGGAUAUUUCUUGCUCUAUUUCUUGAAUAUA